AUGGCAUUGCAAAAAAAGAAUCGUACAUGUCAUAGUGGUAGUGGCGGUCAUAAAUGUCAUAGAACAAAGCAUCCUACAACGAGGAAACGAUCGGUUCAACCUACCACGGAGGAUGAAGUAUUAAGGGAUGAAAAUUCGGGAACUUUUUGGAUGGGCUCAGUGACCAUUGGUACACCAGGUCAAUCAUUCGAUAUUGAUUUUGAUACAGGCGGUAGUCACACAUUUGAUAGUCAACUAUCCUCAACAUAUAAAUUUUGGAAUAAAGAGUUCUAUAUUCAAUAUGGUGAUGGCAGUAGUGCAAGUGGAACAUGGUCGAAUGAUGCAGUAACUUUUGGUAGUAUAUCGAUUGCCAAUCAACCUUUUGCGAUUAUUAACUCAGCUAAUGGUAUGAAUACCGGUAAAUUUGAUGGAAUUCUGGGUAUGGCUUAUCAAAAAAUUUCAUCCUGUGGUGAAAAUCCUGUAAUAUGGUCGAUGUAUCUGGCCGGUGAAUUAAGCCUUCCGAUUUUCAGUUUUUGGUUUGACUCAGUGUCAACCGGUUACGACACUGGCGAAUUAAUCUUAGGUGGCUAUGACGCAUCGAAAUAUACAGGCAAUUUUACAUAUGCGCCUGUUAGUGUAGAAGGUUAUUGGGAAUUUGUUGCUGAUAGCGUUAGCUUAUCAAUCGGAUCAACAACAACUACAAUAGCAACGUCGAUUAGUGCCAUUUUAGAUACCGGAACAACAGACGCUAUUCUCGGCCCAUCAGCCUACGUAAACGCGAUUAAUUCAAUGUUAGAAGCUACAUACGAUCCAACGAUUGGAUAUUACACUGUUGAUUGCCAAACAAAAUCUUUAGCAGCAUUUCCAAAUAUAACAGUGACAAUUAGUGGUGUUCCAUUUACAUUGACAACAUUAAUGUACAUUCAAAUUGCCGGUGGUCCCAUUAGGUACACAUGUUAUUUGGUCAUUUCAUCACUGAAAGCUAAUGAUGCGGAUUCAAAUCCAAUUUGGAUUCUUGGCGAUUUUUUUAUGAGACAUUUCUAUAAUAUAUUCGAUAUGCAAAAUAAUCGUAUUGGAUUGGCUCUUUCAACAUCAUAUUCAGUUGUACAAACAGUACCCAAUAGUUUAUUUCCUUCAACUGGAUCAGUAUCUUUUCCCACACCAGUAACAGUUGCUAUCACUGAAACACUGCCACCGCAAUGUUAUAACUAUACAACAAUUAGCGAUGCCACACGUUUAACUACAGCACCUGCGGGUGAGAGUUGCGAUUCGACUCUCUUUAACAAUGUUAGCAGUAACAUUCCAACAUAUGUUCGAUUUAUUAGUCCUGGUGGCACACGACUAGCUGGAUCAGCACCAAACUCAGCCCAAGGCAACGCAUGUGGAACGUAUGUAACAGGUUGGACUAAUGCAACGUAUCCGUCAUUUGUUGGUCAAACGGUAAAUGCAUUUAUUGGUUUUGCAUACCAUGGUACCCCUAAUUUUGCAUAUAUAUAUAUUGGAUACCAAUAA